AUGAGAUGCGCGAGCAAGGCCGCCGAGAGCGCGUCUGCACGUCUCUGUGCGGACGCCGAAGCAGAAACAACAGCAACUGAUGUCCCAUCGGUUGCUGAAGCGACCCAGCCUGUGUCACUUGGUGACGCAGGCGCUGGUCAUGAAGACACUCGUGUCUUCACAGAGUACGAGCUCGGUGUCUCGUACUCUCCUGAUACGGAUGACGGAUCCGUAUCGACGGCAAUUGAAUCCAAGCCGCCUGCCAAGCGUGGCAUGGACGAUGCUUUGCGUCGCAGCAUCUUUGGUUCAUCUGACGAAUCAGAUGAACCAUCGCCGAAGCGAAGGCGCUUGAGGUCGCGAGACUCGGGCGCUAACAGUGGUGUCGGUUCUCCUAUGGACACCACUUCGCAACGAGGUGCCAGUCCUUCUGUCGGCAUGUCGCAAGAAGAGCGGGACCGCAAUGUCUUGCGUCUCGCUCCAGAAAAGAAGGCAUGGAUGCCUCCAAAAUCUGUCAUGGAUCACUUGUCGGCGACGACGAGUGAUCGUUAUCGAACACGACAUCGAUGGUACAGUGGGAAUCACAAGCGUGAUGGUCCCUCACUACUUCAAGCGUGGAGCGCCUACAUCCAUAACCUUGAGGAUGUAGGUCGUGACGUUUGGAACGACAAACUUAUCAAAGCUCGUGAAAAGUUUGAAAAGCGAACCCCGACAGGUGCACGCUACAAGCUGCAUCGUCUGUCAAGGGAGAAAGGAUUACCCUGCCUCUCUUGGGGAGACUCGUGCCCAUGUUGUGUGAACAACUCUGCACGAGCACCUAAGGAGGCUUACCUCCCUAAUAGCCCGUGGUGGCGCGUACGUAUCUCUAGUGAGAUGUACGAAGGGAUUGACAACCUGAAAUCCCUUUACGACCGUGCCGGGAAGACUUUCUUUGGCGGUCCUUCUGCGGCACAGGAUGUGCCGCGUCGUACUGCUCAACCAGACCCAGUACGUCAACCAUCAGUUGGGAGCGGGGCUCCCAAGUAUCCCAAGACGGAGGAUAGCCGCGCCACCGGACGAGAUAACUCGUCCGACGUCCGUUCACGUCGCGGUGGUUCAACAGCUGCUCAACCAGAUAGCGCUGGCCACCGCGAGAGUCCUCUAAUGGAGGUGGAGGAGGAGGGAAGACGCUCUCCACACAAUCGUGGGGAUCCGUGUGUUCCCGAGAGCUUCUUUGAUCGCGUAACGCAAGGGUUACGCGGCGAUCUCGAACAUGAGCGGAAUAGGCGUCUUCAACUGGCGGACACUGUCUUGAAGCAUCGAGCUGAGUUUGCCUUUGCUCAGCUCGAGAACGAGAGAUCUCUGACAUCUCUUCGUGACGAGCUAAGGGUAGCUCGUGGGAUUGUUGAUCGGUCUCGGGCUGAGAUAACUGCUCUUCAGACCCUUGUUGAUGCCCACCAUCGGGAGCACAAGGCUCUCUGCGAGAUGCUUGAGCGCAAGGGCGUUCUUCAUCGGAAGAAGCAGCGUACUGAUGGUACGGCUUAA